AUGAAAAGUAUCCCAUAUGCAUCUGCAGUAGGCAGUCUAUUGUAUGCACAGGUCUGCACUAGACCUGACAUUGAACUGGCAAUUGGAUUGCUGGGUCGAUAUCAAAGCAACAUAGGAUUGGAACAUUGGAAAGCUGCAAAGAAAGUCAUGCGGUAUUUUCAAGGAACAAAGGACUACAGUUUGACCUACAGACACACUAACCAUUUGAAGUUAGUUGGAUAUUUAGAUUCAGAUUUUGCUGGAUAUUCUAUGGCGAAACCAAUCAAGAUCUUCUGCAAUAAUCGUGCUGCCAUUUGCUUCUCUACGAAUAACAAAAGUGGAAGUAAAAGUAAACAUAUCGACAUCAAGUACCUUCGUGUGCGAGAACAUCAAAAAGAAUGA